AUGAAUACGAGAGGACUUUACCGUAACAGUGCGGCCGUCGGUGACCCCGGAGCCGAAGCGGGACCCGGCGCAGGUGGGGUGGCGAGUCAGCAGAUAUGCAAGGAAGAUAGUAGUGGCGCUACAAUUUGCAAGUGCCCCUCACAGCAAACUGAAGAGCACGGAAUCCGGCGAGACCUGAAUGGAGGCAGCCUCGAGGGGAAGCCUGCGUCUGCUGAAGUCGUGUUAGCCGGAGAUGCCAACACAGUGACGCUCGUGUGCACCGAGACCGACCCCGUUGUGCCGUCAUCAUUGCUUACGAACAACAAGGUGUGCCCCAAGGACAGUACCCUUUCCGAGUGCAACGCAGAUAAGCAACCGAAGUGCGCCGUUAGCAUACACGACUUCCUCCACGGCGAAGGGAUUAGCGCCGUGAAAUGGCAAAAAAGCCCUUCCUCGACGGAGUAUACGUUAUCGGUGCCCGGUUCGGCCGCCCCUCUGUCCGACAAGUUUUUCUGGGUCGGCUGCUCCUCCUCAAAACAGGACAGUGUAGACGAAUCACUGUGCAAAAUCAAUGUGACUCUCAACGCAAGGGAAUCGAGAACAAUCAAGGGCAAUGUUGUCCAAUGUGCGUACGGAGCAAACAGCAAUGACAACGGACCGCAGAAAGUGACCCUGUCGCCCAAAGCGAACAGCCUGACUCUCAUCUGCGGCUCGGAAGGAGCAAUCCAGCCCACAAAAUAUGACGAACACUACUGCAGUGGAAAUGUGAAGGACGACUGCUCCGGUGCUUACAAGACCGUGCUUCCUGAUUUCGAAAAGGAAUGGUGGACGGCGACACCCAGCACGUCCGACAAGACUCAAUACAAAUUGGUGAUUCCGGAGGAUAAGUUCCCCGACAACAAACAGCAGAUUUUGCUUGGAUGCAGGUCUUCGGCUGUCCUGCCGGCUUCUCGGGUUUCGCCUGACUCGACUCAAUCUGCCGGACCGACUUCAUGUGUGGUCGACGUCACAAUUGCGGCCGCCGCCUCGUCGUCUUCUGCAGCUGCCCACGACUGGUUUGUGACUUUUUCUGUCUCCAGCGUCAGCGUUUUUGUCAUUGGUGCUUUUUCUGCUGUACACUAG